AUGUCCAUUAUUCGUCACGCUCUGAUCGUCUCUAUUAUUUUGACUGUAAUUCCAGCACAAUUCAAUAUUCCAUUGCCUUUCGGUGGAAUUUCGUUGAAUAAAAAUGAAAAAGGAGAGCUGGAAAUUGGCGGAACUCAAAACUUCAAUUUCCUUGGCUGGGGAGCAAACCGAGAUUUCAAAUUGACGACUGGAAACGGAACAUUCAAAUUAGAUAAAACCGAUGAAGCGAUUCUGAAUGGAUCAACCUACGGAGGUAGUGGUUCGAUUGGAGUGGACGAGAAGACUGGAAUCGACUUUGGACAAAAUGUGACACUGAAUGACAAAAAAUUGGUGGGAGGUCUUGGAAAAGAGAAAUCCUUCUUCGAAAGCCUUGCUGAACUUCUGAAGCCGCCACCACAGCCAAAGGAAAAAACGGAACUGCCGAAUGUCUGA